UGUGUGUGUGUGUGUUAGUAACCAUCAGCACCAAACAGAAAGGACUACUAAAUAUGGAGAGAACUGGAGAACGAAUAACAUCCUCUUUAGACUGGUCUAUCAAGCCUGUGGAAAGGACAAAAUAUGAAGAAAUAUUUAGUUCUCUAGGACCAGAGGACCACAAGCUAUCGGGAAAUAAAGUGAAGCCUUUCAUGAUGAACUCAAAACUCCCUCUGGAAACAUUAGGAAAAAUAUGGAACUUAAGUGAUAUAGAUCAAGAUGGCUUUUUAGAUAAAGAUGAAUUUGUCGUAGUAAUGCAUUUAGUGUACAAAGCUCUAGAAAAUAUUCCAGUCCCACCAACCCUACCUCCAGAUCUGAUACCUCAUUCAAAAAGGCAGAAAUCACUUUAUGGAGACAUUCAGUUACCAGCUUUACCUGAUCUUUGUGGUGCACUCUCUAACAGCACACCAAUAACAGAUGUUACUCUCAAAAAUGCCUUAAAUAAUCCAGUAGCUCCGUGGGUUGUCAGUGUUUCAGAGAAGGUAAAAUACAAUGAAAUAUUUCAAUCCUUGGAUCAGGACUAUGAUGGUUAUGUUAUGGGAGGAGAUGUAAAAGGUGUCUUUCUUCAAUCUGGUCUUCCACAGACUCAACUGGCUCGUAUCUGGAAUCUCUGUGACCUAAGUGGUUCAGGAAAGCUGAAUUCUGAACAGUUUGCUUUAGCUAUGCAUAUUAUAUACGAAACUCUGCAAGGUGGAGAAAUUCCGACCGAGUUAAAACCUGACAUGGUACCACCAUCUCUUCGGUCACAACCUGAUGGUCUUAUGGCCUCAACAGGAGAAACAUUCCAGUCAACAGGCACUAAAGAGCUAAACACCCUAACAGAUGAAGUAAAAGAACUACAGAAGACGAAACACCAGCUCGAAGAGGAUGUGGCUCAGAAAGAUUCACAGAUAAAAACUUACCAGACUGAGAUUAAAACACUCCAGACAGAAAUGAAUUCUUUGACAUUGACUAUUAAACAGCUUGAAAAGCAAAAAGCAGAGGCGGUGAAGUGUUUGGAGGACUUAAACAACCAGGCUGAAGAGAUGAAAAUCCAGAUACAGGAGCAAGAAACCUCAUUCAAGGAUCAAGAAAUUUUUCUUAAUGCAAAGAUAUGUGAACUGAAUGAUCUACAUCAGGAGGAGACAAGCCUGCAGCAGCAAAUAUCUGACGGAAGAAACGGACUGCGCUCAAUGUCUAAAACUGUCGAGAUGACACAAUUGGAAGUUAUUCGGACUAAGGAAAAUAUUGAACAGCUACAUCAACAAGAACUCAAGAUGAAUAAAGCAAUAGCUCAGUUUCAGACAGCCAUCAAAGAAGGAAAACUUGAAGUAGUGGACACUGAUUUUCUUAAGAACGAACCAGUAAACCUCACUGAAAUGGAUGGUCAACAGCUGAUGAGUGAGGAGGAUCCUUUCGGUAAAUUGGAAAUCUCCUUUCAUAACACCGAAGAUCCCUUUGAAGUAUUUGGCAUUUCUUCUGCCAAAGAGGAAUAUUUGAACAUUGAUGGCACCAAAGAGAACAUCAAAGAUGUUUUUCUAGAAUCAUCAAAUUCAUUUGAAAAAGUGGAUGAUCCAUUUAAACACAAUGAUUUUUUUGGCACCAACAAUUUGCCUGUGGAGACAGAUGAUGCUGGCUUUGAUCAAUUUUCUAAUGAUCCAUUUGACAGUGAGGAUCCAUUUAAUGAAAAUCCUUUCAGUAGCAGUAGAGUAGCAGCGGAAGCAAUAUCCUUGGAUCCUUUUGGAGAAGAUCCUUUUAAAGAUGACUUUAGUAGACCCUCAGAAAAAGACAAUGAUAAGGAUGAUCCAUUUGGACGUUUCUUCAUCAACUCUGGACCUACAGAUUCUUUGGAUAUUUUUGACUUAAACAGUAGUAGUUCAUCUAUAACUACAGACAGCAAGCAACAUCCUAACCCAUUUGGAACUGAUCUGUUCAGUCUCUCUUCUGGGUCAAUGGAACCGGAGAGUCUCAUUCCUGCUCUUCCUCCAAGAAAAUCUAAAGCCCCACCUCCCCGACCAGCCCCACCUAAACAUAGCGUUAGUACUUCUGUGACAACAGCGUCCACCCAGCAAGCAGACAUUCGGAAUUCCUCUUUUACUCCAACAUCAAUUUUCCAGGAUGCAGACUACAUGGGAGUUCUUUCUGACCCAUUUGAUUCUGAAGAGAAGCCCUCUAAAAAUAUCACUAGCUCUCAGUUGGAUCUGUUUGAUCCAUUUGCUACCGGAAGUGACCCAUUCUCAAACUCCACUGAUGCCCAAGAUGAACUUGCCAGUUUUGCUGACUUUGAUAAGAUAAAUCCAUUAAAGGAGCUUUCUCCCUAGUUAAUUAUCUAUAAUAAAACAGUACUAUGAGAAUUAACUGUUGAAAAAAGUGCAAAAUGUUGUUAUAGAAGUAACUUGUGUGGUAAUAAUUAUAUGUUUCCAUAGAAACAGUGGACAACAAUAGCAUGUUGCUAUAGAAGCAACUUGUUUGACAAUAAUUGUCUGUUUCCAUAGAAACAGUGGACAACAAUAGCAUGUUGCUAUAGAAGCAACUUAUUUGACAAUAAUUGUCUGUUUCCAUAGAAACAUUAGACAACAAUAGCAUGUUGCUAUAGAAGCAACUUGUUUGACAAUAAUUGUCUGUUUCCAUAGAAACAUUAGACAACAAUAGCAUGUUGCUAUAGAAGCAACUUGUUGGGCAAUAAUUAUCUGUUUCCAAAGGAAGAUAAGACAACAAAACCAAAACAUUAAGCCAUAACAGCAUGCUGCUAAUGAAUGGGAAAUUUUAGACAAUUCAAG